UAGAUAAGAGAAACGUCUAACACCACACAAAAUGCUAGCCAUCAUUUUCUUGUUUUCAUCAUAUAACAAACACAAAUACAUUCCAAGAAAAUUAAAAGUAUUGAAAUGGGUUGUGCUUCCUCCAAGCAAGUGAAAGCCAACGUCGUCGCCGACGUUUACAAACCACCGCCGUCAAGUUUCGCGGUGUUUGAUAUCAACGCCAUCGAAGAACCAUGGCUAAAACUCGAACAAGAAGACGAUGAGAAACCAGCACGCGCCGCCGUACAAUUCACAGUCGAGGAUGGUGAUGAUGACGCUCCUAAAACAUGGGAUGAGGUCAGCAAAUCUCUAGAAACCCACCUUAAACCAUCCGCCGUUAAACCGCCGCCGGAAGUGGACUCCGUGAAACCUCCGGCGACUCCUCCACGACGGCUUCCGCGGAAGAGCGCAUCGUUCCACACACUAGACGAGCUAGAAUCAUCGAGGGCGAGAAAAGUCAUCGCCGCGCAAAACCCGACGACGACGACGACGACGGUCAAGCUAAAGAAAACAGAGUCCAUGUCCGAGUUAAGAACAGAGUUCGCUCGGACAGAGUCAGCUCGGAGCGAGUCGUCGUACUCGGGGUCUCGGUCGGUGAAGGAGAACAUAUUCGUGGUGAGAGACAGAGAACGGAGGGAGAAAGAAGGGAACAAGAAACCGGUGAUGAACUGGGACCCACUCAGGGAGUUUCCGGAGAAGUGUCCUCCCGGAGGAGGAGGAGAAGGAUUGGUGGUGUACACGACGUCGUUGCAAGGAGUGCGUCGCACGUACGAGGAUUGCAUGCGUGUGAGAGCGAUCAUGGAGCAGCAGGGAGUGGUGGUGGACGAGAGGGACGUGGCUCUAGACGCCGGAGUGCUGAGCGAGCUCAAGGAGCUUCUCCGAGACGAGGAGACGGUGGCGCCGCCGAGAGUGUUCGUGAAAGGGAGGUACGUGGGAGGAGCGGCGGAAGUGGCGGCGAUGAACGAGAACGGAAAGUUAGGGAGAGUGUUGAGGUGGGCACGUGUGGAGAGAGUAGGGGAGGAAGGGAGGCACACGUGUGAAGGGUGUGGAGGAGCAAGGUGGUUGCCUUGUUUGGAGUGCGGCGGUAGCUGUAAGGUCGUUGCGGCGGCGGCCAAAGGGGAAGUGUGGGACAAGUGUGUCAAGUGUAAUGAGAAUGGUUUGAUUCGCUGUCCUGUUUGUUUUGUUAGUUAAAAAGGAUUAUAUAUAUAUAUAUAUAUAAGAAUUGGAUGGACACACGUACGAGGGGGAUUCUAAUAUAUUUGUAUGUGACAUGCUUGAUCGGUUAUUUCUUAUAGUGGAAAGUUUAAAAUGAUUUAAGACUAGGCUAGGAUCUUAAACAAGCACACGACACAAAACACUUUUGCUCUGUUUAGCAAUU